AUGUCAACAGGUGGAUUACCGGAAGAAACUCUAAAGAAAGUGCAAUAUCGGGAAUAUUGGGAGGAACCACAUUACAAGUGGGGAAAUACAGAUACGUGGGAUCACUAUUUCAUCAAAAAGAUACCAGAUGCAACGAAGCACAAGUCACAUAAUGCUCUAGGCGCUGAAUUAAAAGUUUUGAUUCAGAACUUAAGACCAGAAACAAGAGCAGGCAGAAAAGCAUUAGCGAUACAACGUGAUUUGAGGAAAAAUGGGAAACACCUUGAAGAUCCACCUGCUUACGAUACGAUACAAUCACACAACAUCGAAGACGAGGUGUCUAAUUCACAAACACAUCCAACCGUUGAGGAACUAAUAUUUGAUACACAUAUUGCCACAUUACUCCUACAAUAUAGAAGAGUUCUUGAAGAAAUGAGGAAUCAUUACGUAGAACAAGAAUCACAACGAGGCCGACACUUAUCUAAUAUGCUUAAGUGGUCUGUUGUGGACCAUUCUCUGUUUAAUGGAUUCAAGUUUGUUGUCAGCUUACUAAGACCAGCUAUUAACAUGUCAUUAUUGGAACCUAUCCUUAUGGAGAGCCGGAAUAAACCAAUUCAUCACAUAGUCACGAUUUUACGCAAUUUGAUUACUAAAGAAAUUGUAGAUGAUAUAAGCCCUGGCUUUAAAAGAUGGCUAGAAAGAUUAUGGAAAGUUCGUAUAAAGGAAUACUACAUAAUUGAUACAAUAACGGCAUUAACCGCUAUCACUUCAGUUAUUUUUUACUCACCUACACCCUGCCGAGGUCCAGGGAGUAAACCAUCAGAAAACCAUAUAAAAUCACAAAUGUGGGCCAAAAUCUUUUCGGAUACAUUUCUCAUUGAUUCAGACGAUAUUGAUGUGAAUUGGGAAUAUCAUCACCAAAUCCCGGGUAACGGUGGAAGCGGAUCUGCUAGAUCUGAUAUUGCUGCUGUUGUUUUCAAUGACACCGAUCAACAGUUUCCCUUUUUUAUAGCUGAAUUUGAGACUGACGGAUUUUCAGUACAUAAGGAUGAAAUGGUCGUGGCGGCAGAAGCUGCAUUCGAAUAUAAUCGUAUUCUUACAGCUGCCUACUAUUUAUCGGAAGAUGAAGUAAAUUCAUCUCGCCUGCAUAUUGGCCUUAUAAAUGGGACAACCAUUCAUCUGGGUUCGAUGAAGCCGAUCUAUGACGAAGAAAAAAAAUCUUUGAUUUAUGCCUACGAAAUAAACAAUGUCACUUUCAAACUCUACACUGGUAAUCAAGAGGCCGAUAUUGCAAGUGCACUGAAGUUAGUGGCAUACUUGAGAACAAAUGUAUGUCAGGAUGGAAUAUCACUUAAAGCAUUACUUAACAGGAAAAAAAAUAUGCGCAAUGGAACUUUAUUAGCAGCUUUGCCCCGUCUUCCGAAGAGAGCCGUCAAGUCACGUCCAAAAAGUGAUACAGAAUUCACUCCUCAGGCGAGAAGAAUUAUAUAUAUCGAUGUUGGUUUGAAUAAUGAUAAUAAUAAUGUUCAUUAG